AUGCCUCCUUCACCCGAUUCUGAAGCAGCACGGGCAUCCAACCCGCAACGCAAAGGCCCUCGCAAGAAGGGUCGUGGGCCUCAUCGCCCCUCCGACCUCGUACACUCCUCGGACCCCCAGGGCGGCGCAGACCCAGACGGCAGCGCAGACGAUGACGUCUUCGAGCUCCUCGGGUCCAAGCCUGUCCCUUCCUCCGGCCAGACGCCUGGCUUGCUCCAACUGUCCAAGACAUCCAUGGAGGCUGCGAAGAAAAGCAUGCCCAAGCAGACUGCCCGACGGAAGCCUGCUAAUCGCGACGAGCCUCGCGGUGAAGACAUGCCAACUUCCUCCGAGGUCGACCGCGACCACCGCUUUCGCCGUGCCAAGAAUGGGCCUGCGGACCCCGGAUCGACCAUUGAGGGCAGCAAGAGGGCCGUGGCCCGUAAGCCGCUCAACGAUGAGACGUCUGGUAUGGACACCGAUCAGUCUGCCCGAUCGGGAUCCCAGGCCAUGCCUUCAUCCACCGCAUUGGGCGGCAUGGACGACAUGUCCUCACUCUCGCAGUCUCUUCCGGCCUCGUUCUUUGCCGAAGCGCAGGACGGCAGGAAGGAUGCGCAGAACUUGGAUAUCUCUCCGUCGUUGCCUGCUGCUGGCGGCAAGGCGCUCAACUGGCAGCAACAGCAGCUCCAGAACGAAAUGACCCCAUCCAAGAACCCCAAGGGGAGCGGCCGCCGUGCGUCGAAGACCCCAGCCAAGACAGGAAACAAGCAGCGCCGCUCGUCGUUGGACGAUGUUCCCGUGUCAGGUGUAUCCGCCACCAUGCAGAGCACCACCAAGACUCCCGCGACUGGCGCCACUGUGGGUAGCGGCAGCCCCUCCAAGACCGCUGUCCCCGUGUCAAAUUUCGACAGCUCCAUCCCCUUCCACACAGGGUACAACGUCCACCGAGCUCCCCAGACUCCUCUUCGCAACAACCAGCGCAGCACUGCCGUGACGGCGCGCGACGGCCUCAUACAUCUCCCCAUUGUGGGCGAGUUCCCCCGGCUCAACCGCGCGAACGUGAACACCACCCCGGGUACGGCUCCAAUCGCCGCCGGCCCCAGCUCCGUCCUCUCCAACCCUGCACCCGCGCCCACCCGUCCUUCGGUCACAAGCAAGGCGUCCUACAGCCACUACGCCGGUCCAACCUUCCACAACUCUCCCGCCGGGUCCGACCUUCCUAAGCCCGACCUCGACGACUUCUGA